AUGUCGAACCCUCUCUUUGGAAUCGUCCCGGCCGGCUUGGCCCUCAUCACCGAGCCCACGUCAAUGCCAUCCCAGACGUCCUUCACCUACGCGCUGCCGACGACAAAGUCUUUCUCCCACAUCGUCAUCUUCCUCCUCCCCAAUGUCACCUUGCCAGAAAAUACUGCGGCAGCCAUCUACAUUGCUACGGCCAACGAGGUUGCGGCGGCUGCACAAACUGGCGCAGCUCCCAACUUUCGCUUCCUCGGCGGCAUCGGCCCGGGCAAAGAGAGCGCCAUGUUCAAGGUCGGGGGCAGACAAGAAACCAACGAACUUGUGAUUGGUGUGUCUGUCGAGCCUGCUGAAACGGUUAGUCGGUGCCUUCAAGAGCUUGCGGCAGAAAAAGCCUCCAAUCCGUCAUCGUCUCAGCAACCUGCCACGCCUGCGCUCGCCCAGCUCAUCAUUCAAAACGCGUUCAACUUUCUCGCCAGCUUCAGUGGCACGGUUGGCCCUGAAGGCAUAGAGGUCGUUCCCCUGAAGGCUUUUGAGGAAUGGUGGCGCAAGUUUGAGGCUCGCCUUCGUUCAGAUCCUACCUUCCUCGAGAAGCCACCGAGUUAA